AUGUCCCCAAACACCCCCACAAUCCUCCUCCUAGGAACAUGCGAUACCAAACUCCCCGAACUGCUCUACACAAAAUCCCAAAUCGAAUCCACAACCGCCACAGUCCUCUUGAUGGACAUCGGCCGCAACCUAAUUACCCACCAAGAAAUCAACAUCCCCCAAAGCGCCCUCUCCACUCCCUCAAACCCAAUCCCAGAUCUAACAACCCUCCCCCGAGCCGAGUACAUCACCACCCUCACACCCUACGCCACACAGAAAACAACCUCCCUCUACGAGUCCCACCAAAUCCACGGUAUCAUAGGCAUAGGCGGGUCAUGCGGUACCUCACUGGCAGCAGCGGUGAUGCGCGACGCACUACCAAUCGGAUUCCCCAAACUACUUGUGUCAACAAUGGCAUCCGGGGACGUGGGCCCGUAUAUCGGGGAAACAAAUAUCAGCAUGAUGUACAGCGUUGUGGACAUUGCGGGCCGGAACCGUGUGUUAGAGGGUGUUCUUGACAACGCCGCUGGGGGGAUUGCGGGGAUGGCGAGCGCGUAUUUCAAGCGGCAGCAGAACAAGAAGAAGCAGGAGGCCGUGGAGACAUCUUCUGUGAGUAUCGGGAUAUCCAUGUUCGGGGUGACGACACCUUGUGUAAUGCGUGCGCGGGAACGUCUUGAGGAGGAGCUGAAGGGUUGUGAGGUUUAUGUGUUUCAUGCUACGGGGUCUGGGGGCAGGGCGUUGGAGAGGCUUGUGAAGGAGGGGCAGAUUGAUGCGGUGCUUGAUUUGACGACCACGGAGAUCGCGGAUGAGGUUGUUGGUGGGGUGCUUAGUGCUGGAGCUGAGCGGUUGACUGCGGCUACGGCGCGGAAUAUUCCGAGGGUUGUUAGUGUUGGGGCUUGUGAUAUGGUUAAUUUUGGUGAGAUGGGGAGUGUUCCUGGUGCGUUUCGGGAGGGGAGGCGGUUGCAUGAGCAUAAUGCGGCUGUUACGCUUGUGCGGACUAAUAUGAAGGAGUGUGAGGAUAUUGGGAGGUUUAUAGCAAAGAACUUGUUGCGGGAGCCGAGGGAGAAAGGAGAGUUGAGGCGGACAAAGAUGAUUCUGCCUGUUGGUGGACUGAGCAUGUUGGAUAUUCCGGGACAGCCAUUCUACGAUCCAGAGGCCGAUGAGACAUUGUUCUCUACUCUGGAGAAGGAAUUGGAGGGCAGUGGGAUAACAGUCGUGCGAGAUGUGCGUGACAUCAAUAAUCCCGAGUUUGCAGUGGCGGCAGCAGAUGAGCUGGUCAAAUUGAUCCGUGGAGAAUAG